AAGUACUCUGUGGACUAGACCCUACCUGUCAUUGUGAUUAGUUAGUGAUACAUUCUAAUAAAAUAAAAUAAACAGAAUUUGCGUAGAGUUUUAAAUUCUUUUAGGUCUUAUUUUAGUUUAUAAAUUUAAAUCGAAGGCCUAUAAACUGUGCUGUGCUUAAUAAUGGAACUAUCGUCUGAAGAACUUUUGAAUAAAUUAAAUGAAAAAAUAAUGUUUGGUGAAGAACUAAUGUUGCAAUUAAAACCGGUGCAAUCAAUCGACGGUGUGAUGAAAUUGCACAGGAAAAUUCACCAAGAAAUAUUGUUUCUUAAGAAGUUGCAAAAGUCAAAGAAAAUUAAAAUGGAACAACUGUCAUGUUCCAAUCUUACCCACCUGGGGGCUAUGGUGGAAUGUGUGACAAGACCUGGUGUUAUUGCAGUUUGUAAAAUAUUCCACAUAGACGAUAGCAGCAAAUUAGUCAUUGAUAUUAUCAGUGAUGAAGGCAAGUCUUGGACAAAAGUAAUAGCCAGAAACCCAAAAUCUCUGUCAGCAUUGAGUGCAGGCAAAGCAUCAUAUGGGGCUCGAUCCAUCCUUGAUCAGGCUGAUGAUUACCUGGAGUGUGCUAAGCUCUAUCCAUGUAUGUACCAACCUCCAAAGGUUAUUUUUGAAUUUAUGAGUGGUAUUGAGGAAAUUUUAGCAAAUAAACUAAAGGCAGUUGGAGUUAUAGUCAAGGGGGAAAUCUUGCCUGACUCAAGUCAGAGUGAAAUUUGUGAUGAAUCUUAUGACUCUGAGAGCAGUGAUGAGGAAUCUAUAAACAACAGCCAAAAAACCACUUUGGAGGAAGUGUCCCACUGUAUGGAGGAUCAUCCUGAGAUUAAUACUCUUAACCUGGAUGUGACUGCCAUGAUGGCUUAUGUGAGCAACAUGACAAAUGGACAUUACAAUUAUGUUUUCAAGCAAGAUGUCCUAACUCAACAAUGUGCUUGGGAAGCAGAGAGACCGGUGAAACCUGUGUUAGAAAAAUUAUUUGAAGAAAAGACAUUGGUUUGUUGCGAAACAGCUUGGGGUGACUUUGAGAAAAUUGUUAAUACAUUAGGGGGGGCAAUGGAAAAGAGGAGAACAGCUGAAUUAAAAACAAUGGUAAAAAUAUAUCCAGAUGAUUUUGGAGGUGUUGAUGAUUAUCCAAGGAGUAAUUUAAAAGUGAGAGGUCAUGUACGGUUAAGAUCAAAAAUUAUAUUUAAUUUUGGACAUAGAAUGAAAGCUCUUACAGUAUCUGCUAAUGAAGGCUAUGUUAGAGCAGCUCUACAACAGGGUGUAACAUAUGCUGCAUUUAUACACGAAUCAAGAGCUCUUACAGAAGGAAAGGAACCUACAGCUACAAAACUUACUUUAUGACCGUUUUUAUAUAUGGGUAUGGUAAAAAAAGCUUUUUUGGAAUGAUUGCGUACAGUGUACUUUUGUAGUUUUUUGCUUAAAUUAAUUUACAUUAUUUUUUGAUCUGACAACUGCCAAUUAUUAUGAUUAAUGUGUAACAAUUUAAAUCAACGAACAUACAAAAUUAGCUUAGAUGUUAAUUAUGAACAUAUUCAAAGGGAUAAACUGUGAAAAUACAAAAAAUAUUUACGACAGUUUCGCCCUGAUAUUCAUAAAAAAUAUAAAGCAUACUAUAAGCUAAAGUACCUAUGUUUUGUCCCUAUCGCACUUGUCAAUAGCAAAAUUUGAUAUUGACAGUUCGAAACAAAACAUACUUUGACGUAUGCUUCUUUUUUAUGAAUAACAGGGUGAGUACGGACUUGAGGUAACCUGAAUCAAAGUGGCGUAUUGUUACUUUGCUCGCUAGUUAGCGCUAGUAUCGAACGAGGUCCUAUUUACUAUAGCAGGCAUUGAAAGACAUUCGUACAACAAAUGUUUAAAAUUUGCCUUGAUUUGUGUGAAGUGAAUUUAACCCGUGACGCGACCCUUGCGUAGUACUGCGUUAGUGCCUACGUUAGAGCUUGAGACGCGCGAUACCGCACGUGCUUUAGUCUAAGCAGGCGUAAGUCCGCACAUCUCUUAUGUGAUCCAGUUUAGGACCAAAAAUAUGCCGUUCAUGUAAAACCUUUUCCCUUCAAGGCAAUAUAAUAACUUAAAAAACUGUUACACUUUUGUACCAAUAACUUACCAAUUCGCGGUCUCUAACGCCUUAACGAUUAUUAUACAUGACUGACUGUGAUUUGUGAUGUACCUACCUAGUAUUUUUAGAAUACAUUUUUUAAUAUAUUUAAUUCCUGUA